AUGCCUCCGUUAAUACUGCGCUUUAUUGCUUUCGUUCUUUUUGCUAAUGUCCUUUAUAAUGAUCAUUGGUCCGGAAUCGGGGUGGCUGGGAGGGCUUGGACGGCUGGAUCAAAUCGAAUAUCCAAACCGUUGAAUGUAAAUCGGAUACUGAGACGUGAUGUCACUUCGACGGAUGUUUGUAAGAGAUGGUCACAGCAGACGGCAGUGGUCAAUGGGACCUUAUAUAUCUAUGGAGGAAGGUCGAUUGCAAAUUCAAAUCAGAGGGAUAAUACUUGGAACAACGACUUCUUAACCCUUGAUCUGAAGAGCACUUGGGAUAUAUCAGCACCCAAAUUUAGUGGCCUCCCCAAACCAAAUGGCCCACCUGCUAUCUCGAUGGGAUACCUUUGGAAUUCCCUUGAAUCGAUUUUCCUAUAUGGCGGAGAAUUUUCAGAUAAUCCCCGAAAAGCUCCCACGAAUUUCAGCUUAUGGGAGUACAACAUCCUAUCUGCGAGUUGGAAAGAGUAUACGAACCCUCGCACAUCCCGAGGGAGCAAUUCCAAUGCGGGAGAUCAACCAGUUCAGCGAUCUGCAGAAGGCGCAGGAAUUACAGUUCUAGAGCUGGGGAGGGGCUUCUACUUUGGAGGACAUCUGGACGGAUAUACAACUACGGGAUGGGAUCUGUCUGUCCCGCGUGUCUAUCUGAAGUCAUUACUUGAGUUCACUUUCCCUGGAUAUAAAAACCCCGAAGUAGAGAGUUUGGAAGGGGGUAAAGCCGCCGGAGAGGGUGGCGCAUGGCGGAAUAUCACAGAGGGAGGGCUCCAAGAGUCUGCGGGGUUCACCGAACGCGCUGACGGAGUCUUGGUAUAUGUUCCUGGAUUUGGGAAGCAGGGGAUCAUCUUGGGUUUAGCAGGAGGGACAAACGCGACCUUUACGCAGAUGAAUGUUAUUGAUGUCUAUGACAUUGAAACUUCCACAUGGCACAAACAGGCAACCAGCGGGCAAACUCCAGAAAUUCGUGUUAACCCUUGUGCUGUAGCUGCAUCUGCCGCAGAUGGUAGCAGUAUUCAGGUUUACCUCUAUGGCGGACAAAACCUAAUUCCAUAUGGAAAGCAAAAACAGUAUGACGACAUGUGGAUCCUCACCAUCCCCAGUUUCACCUGGAUAAAAGUCAACACGGACGGCCAGUCUGUCCCUCCAGCCCGAGCUGGCCACACAUGCAAUAUCUGGAACUCUCAAAUCAUCACGACGGGCGGAUAUGUAGGGCAAGACUUGACUUGUGACAGCCCUGGUGUUUACAUCUUCGAUGCCUCCGAAUUAAAAUGGCAAAACCAAUACGCCGCUUUUAAAGGUGGGAAUGACCUCAACCAGCAAGACUCUCAGAAGAAGGACAUGAAGGGUCUGAGCGGUAUUUAUGGUUAUCGAGUCCCCAAGGCAGUGCAAUCAGUCAUUGGUGGCGAUGAUCAAGGGAGGGCAACCGUGACCGCACCCGCAAAGGCGGCCACUGGCGGCCCCAUUGCAACAGGGAAACCGAUCACAUAUGUCGUGACGAAUCCAGACGGCUCUGUAAUCCGCGUCGGAUCACCCGGUGAAAUACCAAGAGGGCCCAACAUUGCCGCCAUAGUCGCCGGAGUGAUCGCGGGCUGUCUCUUUAUCCUAGCCGUAUAUCUAGGAUUCUGUACCUAUGUUUAUCGCCGUCAACUGGCAUUGUACAAGAGCCACGUCGCAGCAGUCCAGCGUUCGUCGACAGGUGACAAGUUCGGGGCCUCCGCUCCACUCAACCUCUCCGAGCGCACAAGCGCACAGCUCACGUCGUCCUACAGCGAGUCAGGGUCGAAUAUCACCGCUGCCCUAAGUCAUCCCGACAAUGGCAACUCAACGGGAUAUUUCCGGCCUGCUAGCGGGCUUGCUGGUGGACUGGGGAGUAUGAAUAGCAGUACAGACGACCUGCUUGCUGGACAAGAGCCGACGUUUUUGGGGGUGAUGUUGAAUCCUCGUCGUAGCUUGAGAGUUAUUAAUAAGGACUGA